CCCGCCUCUCGACCCUCGCCCCCUAGCUCUUCACCCCUGGGGCGGGCCCGAGGGGGACAUGGUGCUGUCUGAGCUGGCCGCGCGCCUCAACUGCACCGAGUACAAGAACUGGGUGAAGGCGGGCCACUGCCUGCUGCUGCUGCGCGGCUGCCUGCAGGGCUUCGUCGCCCGCGAGGUACUCGCCUUCCAUCGCGGUCUGCUCGCCGCCACCCCCAGCCUGGGCCCCCGCGCCGCCUGCCGCAGCGGCUCACGGUGUAGCCCGCGGGCCCGCCAGUUUCAGCCUCAGUGUCAGGUAUGCGCGGAGUGGAAACGGGAGAUUUUGAAACACCACACCAACAGGAAUGGAGACGUCCACUGGGGGAACUGCCAGCCGCGCCGCUGGCCCGUUGAUGCCUGGGAGGUGGCCAAGGCCUUCAUGCCCCGAGGACUGACGGACAAAACAGGCCCUGAGGAAUGUGAUGCCGUUGCUCUUUUAAGUCUCAUCAACUCCUGCGAUCACUUCACAGUUGAUCGAAAGAAAGUCACAGAGGUGAUUAAGUGUCGUAACGAGAUCAUGCAUUCUUCAGAGAUGAAAGUGUCUUCUCUGUGGCUUCGAGAUUUUCAGAUGAAGAUCCAAAAUUUCCUGAAUGAAUUCAAGAAUAUCCCAGAGAUUGUGGCAGCGUACACUAGAAUAGAACAGCUGUUGACAUCUGACUGGGCUGUUCACAUCCCUGCAGAAGAUCAGCGAGAUGGCUGUGAAUAUGAAACAGGAGUUUACCUGAGUGAGAGCCAAGUCAACGAAAUAGAAAUGGAAUUACUAAAGGAAAAACUUCAAGAGGUCUAUCUUCAAGCACAAGAACAAGAUGUGUUGCCUGAAGAGAUCUUAAAUCAACUGGAAGUGGUGAAAGAAUUUCUGAGAAACAAUGAGGAUCUUCGAAAUGGUCUUGUAGAAGAUAUUCAGAAACUAGAAAGCCUCCAUCUCCAGCAUCAAAAACCAGAUUCAGAGGAACCUGGGGCCCAGGCACCCAAAGAGAAGGCCUGAGGGGAGUUUCCACAUAUGAUGUUAAGUAAGGACAGAAUAACCUCAGCACUUUGAUGCCUAUUCUCUUACACAAGGCCAUGAUGAACACACAGUUUAGUCUAACCUGAAGUUUCGCUGUGUCCUUACUAUUUGAAAGAAAGGGUACUGGACGCCUGGGUGGCUCAGUGGUUGAGCAUCUGCCUUUGGCUCAGGGCGUGAUCCCAGAGUCCUGGGAUCAAGUCCUGCAUUGGGCUCCCCACAGGGAGCCUGCUUCUUCCUUUGCCUAUGUCUCUGCUUCUCUCUCUCUCUCCCUCUCUCUCUCUCUCUCUCUCUCUCUGUGUGUGUGUGUGUGUGUCUCUCAUGAACAAAUAAAUAAAAUCUUAAAAAAAUAAAAAUAAAUGUUUAAAAAAAGAAAGAAAAGAAAGGGCACUGAGCUUUGUGUGAUAAUUGAUGGUUCUCACAUCUCUGAAGUGAUUUAACAUAAUCUCCCUGUCAGCUUUAUUAGGCCAAUAUACCUGAAGCCACUGGUCUAGUCUUAAGUAAAUCAACUUUGUAACACAAUGAAAAAGCAUGUGAGCCCUCAAACGAUGCCAAUGCCGGUAAUGCCUAGUUCUUAACAACUUGGUCGUUUCCAUAAGAAAAGUUUGUUAAAAUAACUGUCUGAUGUUCCACGGUUUUCCCUUCAAAGAAAGAAAAUUAAAUAUUUUCUCUGGUUUCAGGUUGCCCUUUGACAGAAACCAGGGGUCUUAUGUGAAGGUCAGCACAGUUUCGAUAUCACCUGUUCUUUUCUGUGCAAAAGGAAAAACUUACCAGAGUACCCCGCCCAAACAAAAAGGAACUUUUGUUGUCUUUUCCUGGACUUUCUUUGACUCUUUGGGAACAUUUUUUUUUAAUAUUCAUAUGAUUGGAAAAAAUAUUCAUAAGGUUGGUGUUGUGUUAUCUGUAACCGCCCCCCCCCCAAAAAAAAAUGUUAGAUACUGCUGUGCCAACACAUGCUGUCAUCCAAGGGUUUUUUUACUUCGUUUGUUUGUUUUGAUUUUUGGUUUGGGGGUUUAUUUUACUAUUCAGAAGGUGAGAUUCUUUUCCAGUCCUGAACUUAAAGCUGUUUUACACAGUAAAGUUCAUGUUUGGCCAGGCCUGCGUGAAGGGUCACAUCGAGUUCUCUGCUCACUGGCACGCAAGCCCUUUCCCUACACCCCUUCCUGAGAGUCUCGUUUCUGAGGAUGCCCAAGGAAUGGGCUGUGAUAUAAAUGUUGUGAUAUAAACCCUUCCUUUUUGGAAGAAGGCAAGAAAACAAAUCACCUAAAAGGCCAUUUCCCAGCCAUUUCUAAUUAGUAUAGAACUACUGCUCCCCAUUUCUGGUAGCCCCAGGGCAGUAGAGCAAGGAGGUGGGCCCAAGGCUGGUCAGGGGGUAGUGGAGAACACAGGGACUUGACUGACCAAAGCAGGCAGAGGGCCUGAGCCAGCAUCACAGAUGGGGACACCAGGGACAGCUGUGUGAUUGCUGGCUUGUUCCUGGUACUCCUGGGAAAAGUUAGCUCCUGUGGCAAUCACAGCUCUUUCUGUUCCAUUAUAUCUGGAACACCGAGCACAGGCCCUAGCCCUCGUGUGCUCCAUGAUUAUCUGUUGACUAAAGGAUCCACCGACAAUUUAUCCUUACAUGUGAGUGUUACUGUUAACUAAGCCUGGUCCUUUGUUAUGAGAUUUAAGGAUGAAAUAUCACCACUCUUAGGGAAUUUCAAAGUUAUCAUUUUCUUUCCACAAAGUGACAAACUCAUUUGUAACUUCUGUUGCUUUAUUGUAUCCACUUCUUUGUCUUGUUGGUUUCCUAAACUGCAAAACCACCACCCAGUUGUAUGCAGUGGUCCAUGGGAUCAGCCUCCCCAUCCCCUAUAUCUGCUCCUUUUCAAAGCCAGUGCUACUUAGCUGGGCCAUGUCACCUCUGGACCUUGGGGGCAGAAUUGUCCCCUGCCCCACCGCCUGGAGGAAGUGCUUCCACUCCAGGCCUAAAGGAAGCCAUCCUUCUUUGCUUGCUCAGCUGCCCAUCAAGGAUGUAAUCUGUAGACAAUGGGCAGAGGGUACGAUAUAUUUGGUAUAUUUUUACAUUACAAUGCAUAUAUAUAAUGCUGUAAACUCUGGAUGAAUGCAAAUAUGCCUAUAACUGUUUGGUCUUGAAUCAUACAUUUUCUUUGUCCCUUCAUUUCAUACAGUUCCUUUAGAAGAUGUCAGUAGUGGGGAUCCCUGGGUGGCUUAGGGGAUCCCUGGGUGGCUCAGCGGUUGAGCGCCUGCCUUCAGCCCAGGGCAUGAUCCUGGAGUCCUGGGAUUGAAUCCCACGUCAGGCUCCCUGCAUGGAGCCUGCUUCUCUCUCUCUCUCUCUCUCCCUCUCUCUCUCUCUCUCUCUGUCUCUCAUGAAUAAAUAAAUAAAAUCUAAAAAAAAAAAAAGAUGUCAAUAGUGAAGUAAAUCAUCUCACAACUCUGCCCAAACUAAGAAAUUUGCUAAAACUUUUCCUAGAUGGACCUUACAUCUAGAAGUUGGGAUCAAAUUAAAUCCUGAUUCACUAACCAAGUUAAGACCUGAUUUCUAACUUGAGGGACUUGGGGUUAUGAAUACUUUCAUUUCAUACUCCUUGUAUCCAGUUAGCUCUUACCUUUCUCUCCAACAUCUAUCAAUUACCGGUCAUGGCCAGGCACUGAAAUGGAUGCAGAUGUGAGGGUUUAUAAGGUGUGGGUGAUGGUAUACAUGCCAUCUCUGGAUUUACUGUCUGUUCUGAUAAAGAUACUGCUCAGAAAACAUCAGAGUGGCAACAUUUAAUUCCAUUGAAAUGGAAGAAAGGAAAGACGUGCCCAGAGAGUGUGUACAGGAACAUCAGACUGUGGGCCUCUUCUCUCCAGACCUGGGCACGCAGCACAGGUUGUACACAAAAGGGUGCUCACAGCAGCAUUGGCAGCCCGCCAUCAAGAGAUGACUAGUUAGGGUUGCCUGGGUGGCUCAGUGGUUUAGCGUCUGCCUUUGGCUCAGGGUGUGAUCCUGGGGUCCGGGGAUCGAGUCCUGCAUCAGGCUCCCUGCAUGGACCCUGCUUCUCCCUCUGCCUAUGUCUCUGCCUCUCUCUGUGUCUCUCAUGAAGAAAUAAAUAAAAUCUUUAAAAAUAAAUAAAUAAAAUGAAAUGUUAAAAAAAAGAGAGAUGAUUGGGUAAAUCCCAGCACAUUCAUGCUACAGAGCAUUAUGCUGUUGUUAGAAUAAUAUAGUAAUGCCACAAUGCAGUAGUAUAGAAUGAUCUCUAAAACACGCUUAACAGAAGAGCAGAACGUUUAAUAAUGCGUAGCAUGCUGUAAAACUAUUUGUAUUUUUCAAUAAAAGGUCUGGAAAGCUG